CACAGCACAGGCAUUUGGAAACGACUGAGACACUGAACACAACACACACACAUACACACACUCACAUACAUACACACACACCAGCUUCGGCGAUGCUCGGUGGGAGUCGGAGAUGUUAAUGCAUGCAGUCGGACAAGUGGGAGAAUGAAACGACUUUGUCUGUAAAAAAAAAAAAAAAAAAACAGGCUGUGAAUGGUGCGUUUAGGAGCCACAUAUCGCCGUUAGUAGUUUUUACGACGGGCAGCAGUCGCUUUACGUCUUAUGUAACUAAUAACGGCCUGAGUCGGUAAAAGGACCCGGGAUCUGAAUGAGACAAGAGCCGCUUCACGGACACUUCACUUUGUAGGUUAGGACACUCAAACGCAACACUAAGACAGACUGAACGAACCGGGGGGCUACCGGGGACGGCUACUGCCCCCACUGCACACACACACAAGCGGCGUGGACAGGGACGUGGAAGUGGAAGAAGUGACUGGCGGAGGUGGUUACACUGACGGUGGACUCUGACAGCCGUGACUGAGGACUUAAACAAGAGCUGAAAAAAAAAAAAAAAAAAGGAAAAAAGAAGAGUGGACAACAAGAACGGCAGUCUGCAAAUCCCUCUUCCAUGGAUUUACAACAGUCCUGAUGGGAUCCAGCGCCGUGUGGCCCAGCUGUUAACUAUAAGUGGAACAGGAGCCGUGGACGCCACACGCACACAGAACCAGGGUGGACGUUCUGUCCUCUGGACUCGUUUACCGACCCGACUGGACACGGACAAAUGGAGGGAUUCUAGCGUGGGCCUGACACCUGGUCCGUGUGGAGUACAGAGGCCAGUACCCGGACCGGACCGGACCGCUGCUGGACGGUACUGGGUCCAGUGGAGCUGCUGAAGCAAAGGCCAGGAGUCACCCAUGAUGUUUUUAUAACCUGAUGAUCAGAAGAGGUGGUUACACUGACGGUGGACUCUGACAGCCGUGACUGAGGACUUAAACAAGAGCUGAAAAAAAAAAAAAAAAGGAAAAAAGAAGAGUGGACAACAAGAACGGCAGUCUGCAAAUCCCUCUUCCAUGGAUUUACAACAGUCCUGAUGGGAUCCAGCGCCGUGUGGCCCAGCUGUUAACUAUAAGUGGAACAGGAGCCGUGGACGCCACACGCACACAGAACCAGGGUGGACGUUCUGUCCUCUGGACUCGUUUACCGACCCGACUGGACGCGGACAAAUGGAGGGAUUCUAGCGUGGGCCUGACACCUGGUCCGUGUGGAGUACAGAGGCCAGUACCCGGACCGGACCGGACCGCUGCUGGACGGUACUGGGUCCAGUGGAGCUGCUGAAGCAAAGGCCAGGAGUCACCCAUGAUGUUUUUAUAACCUGAUGAUCAGAAGAGAGAUGGUGAGGAAGAAGAAUCCCCCUAUUAGGAGUGUGGGAGGUGAAGAGGAGGAGGAAGAAGAGGGGAGGAGGCCAGCAGGAGAAGAGGAAGAGGAGGGAGAGGAGGAGGAGAGAGUAGGAGCUGAGGCCGAUCGGAUAAUCCGACCCUCUGAACCCGAAUCCUCGGAGCGGAUCAGAGGAGAUGAGGAGCAGGAAGACGAGGAGGGAGAGAGUGAGUGUGUUUCCUCGUCUGUCUCUCCUUCAUCUGUCAGUGAGGAUAGAGGGGGGAGAGGAGGAGGAGGAGGAGGAGGAGGAAGGGGGAGAGUCAAACGAGGAGGGCCGGCAUCGACCGACAGACCUGAGAGCCAAUCAGAGCCUGAGGACGGGGAAAGGGGGGCGGAGGAGGGGGAGAGGAGCGACAAACACAGAGGCCACACCCAUCAAGUCACGACCCCCCUCCUCUCUGCCUCCCACCUGCUCCUCCUCCCCUCUCCUCCUAAACAGGAAGGAGGGGAGGAGUCGACCACCGACACCCCUCCGCUUUCCUCCAGCCCCUCCCCUAAACUCCAGGACUUCAAAUGCAACGUGUGUGGUUAUGGUUACUAUGGCAAUGACCCCGCCGACCUGGUGAAGCACUUUAGGAAGUAUCACCUGGGUCUGCACAACCGCACACGACAGGACGCUGCCCUCGACACACACAUCCUGGCCCUGCACAACAUGGCUCCCCAGCACCUCACACCUCUAGACGUCCAGGCAGGACAAGGACAAAGGAACCAAGCCAAAGAGACGGGGAAGACCAGGUCUGAUGUCCACAAUCAGCAGCACAGGACGGUGAUGAUGAACGGCACAUACGAUGUACAGGUGACACUGGGCGCCACGCUCAUUGGGAUUGGCCGUAAGACCUCUGACUGCCAGGGGAACACUAAGUACUUUCGCUGCAAAUUCUGCAACUUCACUUACAUGGGGAGCAACUCCUUAGAACUUGAACAACACUUCCUGUCCUCACAUCCAAACAAAGUCAAAACCCCGCCCACCACGCCCUCGCUGGCCACUAAUAACCUAUCGGCGCAUGAUCACCAGCUGAAGGGGAGGAGUCAAAUCACAGAGGGUGCGGAGCGUGUGGCGGUGAGGGCGGAAGAUGACUCCUUGGUGGGGUACUCCAUCCCUGUCAGGGCGUGUACAGACUCACCCACCUGGACGGCGGACGGCGGUCGAGGAGGCGCGCAGGCGUACUAUUGGUGUAAAUUCUGCAGCUGGAGUUGUGAAGGGGCGGGGGGCUCGGCCAAGCUUUUGGAGCAUUAUGAACAGCGACAUAAAAACUAUACCCCUGGUGGAAUGGAGAAAGAACGAGAGAGGGGAGGGAGGAGAGAAGGGGAAAGAGAACACAGUGCAUCCAAAAACCACAAAGAGCCAUCGUCCAACCCAUCCAACAACAGCCAAGGAGACCCAAACAGCAGUGACUCCGAUGCGGUGGUCACCAGUUAUAAUUGUCAGUUGUGUGAUUUCCGCUAUUCGAUGGCCCACAGUGCAGAUGUGAUCGUAGUGGCUCCGUUACUGCUGCACUAUCAGCACAACCACUCCAUCCACCGGUGCUGCAUCCAACACUGCAUGUACUGUCCACAGGGGCUGUGUCAGCCGCACAAACACCUGGGGGAGGUGUCCCACCCCUUCGCUUGUCGGAAGUCUAACUGUCCUAAAUGCAGUUGUAAGUUUCCUCCGUUCACCAAACAACAGGACGCUGUGAGUUCAACACCUGCCAUCGCCACCUCCCCAUCCAUGACCCCUCCCACCCCUAGAGGUGACCUCGGUGGUCAUCCUGUCGUCACACAAGGUGUCACCCACCUGUGUGACCAGUGCGCCUUCGCCACCACCGACAUCGACGUGUUGCUCCAACACUACGAAAGCUGCCACACUCUGAUCAGCCUAAAGGGGGCACCCCCACAUGUCAAAGCUGAGGAGGACGUCAGAGGAGACAAGGACGUGGGGAGAGGAGGAGGAGGAGACAGAGAGUACACUUGUACGAAAUGUCAUUUCAUCACUGAAGUGGAGGAGGAGAUUUUCAGACACUACAGGCGUGUCCACGCGUGUUGCCGCUGUCGACGCUGUGACUUUACAGCUCCAGAUUCAUCAGCGCUCCUUGAUCACUUUAACUCCGCCCACUGCCAUGACUCCUCCCCCUCAUUAAGCUCACUAACUACGACCUCCUUGCCCACGGCGCUGACGCCUUCGUUAACACUGUCAGCCAAUGGGUGCUCAGCUCCGUCCACUUUAGCCAUUAAAGAAGAGAGUAAAGGGGACCUGCGCCUCCUCUACUCCCUCGCACCGCCAGAAGGAAGGUUGGCAGAAGGAGGCCGAGAAGACGCGGCAGGGGCGGUGAAGAGUGAAGGAGGCGAGGACAAAGAUAGAGAGCGGGAAAAAGGCUGGGUCAUCGGGGAGACAAGAGCGUUGGGCGAACGCGGCGGCGAGCAGGCCCACGGGCUGCUGUGGGUUCCCAAGGAACGAAUGGGACCCGAAAGAGGAGUGGACAGAGGGGGUGGAGGGAGCCCCUCGCUGUUCCCCUCCCCUCUCUCUUUGUCAUUUGUGUCGCCCAAUCACGAAGCCUCACAGCAGAAAAGGGGUGUGGCUUCACCUAGCAUGGUUUACCUGGGAGAUACCAAGUCGUUUUUGGGAGAUACCAAGUCGUUUUUGGGAGAGGCCAAGCUGUACGGAGGGGGGAGACCAGGAGCAGCAGCUGCAGGUGGAGGGGGAGGGGACAAACAGAGCCAGAUGCCCCCCCAGCAGUACACAGCAGCAGGAGGAGGAGGAGGAGGAGGAGGGAGUGGGGGACAAGACCCAAAAGGAGGCGCCACUAAGGAGGAGUCCCAGUCCCUGUUACGGCGACGCAGAGGUAGCGGGGUCUUCUGUGCAAACUGUCUGACCACCAAGACAUCACUGUGGAGGAAGAACGCCAACGGAGGAUACGUCUGCAACGCUUGUGGUUUAUACCAAAAGCUCCAUUCGACACCCAGACCUCUAAACAUCAUCAAACAGAACAACGGCGAACAAAUCAUCAGGCGCCGAACUCGUAAACGCCUCAACCCUGAUUCACUUUCGGCUGAAAAUCCUGCUCCGAAGCGGCAACAAAUCACCAGCGAUGAGCGCAUGAACGGGGAGGAGCCGGACAGAAGUUCCAUGAAAAACCAGCAGCCUUCUCCUCGCUCGCGCUCGCCCCGCUCCACCCAGGCCUUCUUAGCCAAUCAGACGCUGGAGAUCCACAGACGCAUGCCUCCCCUCCUCCUCCCCUCCCACCCCCCAUCCUCACUGGUAACUGAGGGCAACGGGGGAAUCCCUGAGGGUGGGAUAACUUCUAAGGUAGAGGGAGGAAAAGGGGGCGGGGGGUCGGAACGAGGCAGCCCCAUUGAGAAGUACAUGCGUCCGUCCAAACCGUCCAGUUACUCCCCUCCUGGUUCACCCAUCGAAAAGUAUCAGUACCCGCUCUUCUCCUUACCCCUACCAUUAACCCUCUCGCCUGAUUUGACCCCAGAGUCGGACUGGCUCAGGUUUUGGACCAAGUAUAAGAUGGCGGCCACCUCUGGCGUGGCAGGAGGCAUCAGUAACCUGAGCAGCCCCGGCAGCCUCGGAAACAAUGCCCAUUAUCUUGGCGCCAUGGUCGCCCCGUUACAGCAUCAUCAGCAAAGUUACACAGUGCCUUACUGUGCCUCCCCCUACUCUCCUCUCCCCCCUCCUCCGGCAGCCCCCCACUACCCCCCUCCUCCUCUUCAUCCCCAAACCUCCUCCACGUCAUCUUUAGAAAACGACGCUCCUUUGGAUCUCGCAAUAAGACAAAGAGAUGCAAGUGGUGCAAACACACACAUGUCCACAAACGGCCCCGAAAGGAGGAGGCAGGAGUCACCGCUAAGGGAGAGGAUGAGGGAGAGCUGGAGAGGAGGAGAGAAGGAGGACGAGGAGGCCAACGAAGGAGGAGACCAGAGGGCGGAGGCGGCAAAAGAAGAAAAGGAAGAGUUGAUGAAAAGCCAGUCAGGUGUUCCGCUCAAACACGCCUCGGUGGAAGUGGCCACACAGGACGAUCUGACCAACCGCUGCACCCACUGUGGGAUCUACUUCUUAGACGAGGUCAUGUACGCCCUGCACAUGAGCUGCCAUGGGGAUCAGGGACCGUACCAGUGCAGUUUCUGCCUCCACGUGUGCGUAGAUCGAUACGACUUCACCACACACAUACAGAGAGGUUUACACAGGUACACAGAGCAGACGCUACAGCAGAAGGGGCACCAAUCAGAGAGCAGCGUCACCGUGAUGUCAGAGAGUCAGCGUUCCACUCUGGCACCGGAGGAGGAACACAGCGGUGAUCAGACAGAGGUCACAGGUGACAGCAGUGACGCUACCGGGACGUGUCCAGACGACCACGGAACAGGAGCGGCAGGUGGCGACUCUAAAGACCAGGAGGACCAGGAGGACGGCGCUGAAGAGCAGAUCCAAGCGGAGGGUCAUGACGCAUCCACCAGGGAAGAGUCCGGAAGCAAGAUGGUGUCAGACGGUCCCGAUGACCGCAAGACCACCGAGGUCACUACUGAUACCGAGUCUAAAGAGUGUGACGAGAACACAGAGGGUCAUUAAUGUGACGGUUCGGCCUCACACCCACCUUUAAAAAGGCCUUUUAUUGGAUGAAUAAGCUGUAUGCCUCCAAGUCCCCGGAGGCUAGCUCCUGUCAGAACGGGCCGAUCCUGGGCACUAAAUGGAACACAUCCUUAUGCUGGAAGCACUCAGCUGUCAAAUGGUCCCAAAUCAUUGUAGGAUCCCGCUAAACUGCUGCAGGGACAGUUUGGAGAAAUAGCCUGAAUCCUAUGUUGAGUGACGGUCAGUUGACAGCUGUGUGCCGAGUAUUCAACGACAGAGUUCAGGCACGCAGCUGAAAUCACCUUUAAUAAACAGCCACUUCAUGCGCUUUCCAAAUAAGAGGAUUGGAAGGCAGACUGAGAGUUGGACUGUUCUCAUUUUGGAUGGUUUAGGAGCUCAGCACUUGCACAGCCAUCAUACAGCAGAGCAAAAAAAAAAAAAAAAAAAAAAA